AUGUCGUCUCGUCCUGACCUGAAGGUGGAUGAUGAAGGUGGUUUCAUCAGAUUUUUCAAGAACCUAAGUAAUGAUGACUCGGAAAAUAUACGAAUCUUUGAUCGAGGCGAUUACUACACUUCACAUGGGGAUGAUGCAGUUUUUAUCGCACGAACACCCGACGAUCAGGUUUAUAAAACGACAUCUGUGAUACGACAAUUGGGAAAGAAUGACUCGACUGGACUUCCGUCAGUCACAAUGACAAUUACUGUUUACAAGAGCUUUCUCCGAGAGGCACUGUUCCGACUAGGCAAGAAAAUUGAAGUAUGGACAAAUCAGGGACGAAAUACUUGGACCAUCGCAAAGAAAGCGUCACCUGGCAACCUUCAGGACGUUGAGGAAGAGAUUGGAGCUCAUAUUGAUGCUGCCCCUGUCAUUCUUGCUGUUCAAUUAUCAGCAAAAGCUUCUGAAUCUCGAACGAUCGGUGUAUGCUUUGCAGAUGCUAGCGUCAGAGAACUGGGUGUCAGUGAAUUCUUGGAAAAUGACUCGUAUUCGAAUUUUGAAUCGCUGCUUAUCCAGCUUGGUGUCAAAGAAUGUUUGCUACCUACAAUAAAAACAGAGAGCAAUUUAGACCUGAAAAAACUUAAAAGUGUCAUCGAAAACUGUGGGAUAGCCGUAUCUGAGCGACCAGCAAUUGAAUUCUCUUCUAAGGAUGUCGAACAAGAUUUAUCGAGACUUUUAAAAGGUGAAGAUGCUGUGGGGACUUUGCCCCAGACCGAUCUGAAGCUUGCCAUGGGCUCUGCUGCCGCUUUGAUAAAAUAUCUUGGGGCACUAAAUGACACAUCCAAUUUUGGCCAGUACCAAUUGUACCAGCAUGAUCUCUCCCAGUACAUGAAACUUGAUGCCUCCGCCUUGAAAGCAUUAAAUCUUAUGCCAGGUCUCCGGGAUGGUGCUAAAACAAUGUCGCUUUAUGGUCUACUCAAUCAUUGCAAGACACCUAUGGGCAGUAGAACCCUAGCUCAAUGGCUCAAGCAGCCAUUAAUGGACAAAGAGGAAAUAGAAAAGCGUCAUCAGCUCGUCGAAGCAUUUUUCGAGUGUUCUGAAUUAAGACAAACGAUGCAAGAAGAACAUUUCCGGUCUAUCCCAAACCUUUCUCAGCUUGUGAAGAGAUUUCAGAAGAAAACGGCUAACCUUGAGGAUGUCGUACGAGCCUGGCAAUUGGCUACAGCUCUCCCUGGUUUUAUUAUGACUCUCGAAAGAGUAAUGGAUGAGAAGUAUAAAGAUACCUUAGAUACAACAUAUACGAAUAAACUACGAGAGUACGCAGGAAGUCUUGAAAAGUUGCAGGAAAUGGUGGAGACCACAGUUGACUUAGACGCAGCUCAAAAUCAUGAAUAUGUAAUCAAGCCCGAAUUUGAUGAUGGCCUACGAACUAUUCGAAAAAGGAUAGAAAAGGUGAGGAGUGAGAUGAAUCAUGAGCACAGGGCCGCGGGAGUAGACCUGAACCAAGAUAUCGAAAAGAAAUUACUGCUAGAGAACCACAAAACACAUGGCUGGUGUAUGAGGCUCACGCGAGCAGAAGCAGGAUGUAUCCGGAAUAAAAAAAAUUAUCAAGAAUUUUCAACUCAGAAAAAUGGGGUCUAUUUUACGACGUCGAAGUUACAGAGCCUCAGACGAGAGUACGACCAACUCUCCGAAAACUAUAACCGCACACAGUCGAGCUUAGUACACGAGGUUGUAGGCGUAGCUGCAUCAUACAGUCCAGUGCUUGAGCUGCUAGCAAGUGUGCUUGCUCAUCUUGAUGUCAUUGUCGCAUUGGCUCACUGCUCUGUCCAUGCGCCCACUGCCUAUGUACGACCCAAAAUCCAUCCUCGCGGUACGGGGAAUACAAUUCUUAAAGGAGCUCGGCAUCCAUGUCUAGAGAUGCAGGACGAUAUCCAAUUCAUUACAAACGAUGUCACACUUCAACGAGGCUCGUCUGAAUUCCUUAUUAUUACGGGACCCAAUAUGGGCGGAAAAUCUACAUAUAUCCGACAGAUCGGAGUCAUUGCGCUAAUGGCGCAAGUAGGUUGCUUUGUGCCAUGUUCUGAGGCUGAACUGAGUAUCUUCGAUUGUAUUCUUGCGCGUGUCGGGGCUAGCGACUCGCAGCUCAAGGGCGUAUCAACUUUUAUGGCGGAAAUGUUGGAGACCGCCAACAUUUUACGGUCCGCAACAUCUGAGUCACUGAUCGUCAUUGAUGAGCUUGGUCGUGGCACCUCUACCUACGAUGGAUUCGGUCUGGCUUGGGCAAUUGCGGAAUACAUUGUGCGCGAGAUCGGAUGCUUUGGGCUCUUUGCCACGCACUUUCACGAGCUCACGGCACUUGCUGACACGUACCCUCAAGUGCAGAAUCUACACGUUGUAGCACACGUCGAUACUGUGGGAACUGAAGCUGGCGCUACAGCUAGCGCUUCCGCCGUUACUCUACUGUACCAAGUGGCACCAGGCGUAUGUGACCAGAGCUUCGGUCUUCACGUUGCCGAGCUCGUGCGCUUUCCAGAAAAGGUAGUGCGCAUGGCCCAGCGCAAGGCCGCUAUUUUAGAGUCCACUGCUAUUUCAGAAGAGCCCGCAGAUACUGUAGCUGGUGCGGCACUCCUCCAUAAAGUUUUAAAACGCUGGCGUUCUGCAUGUAUGGAUGCAGGCGAAAGCUGGGGUCGUGAGGAGCAAACACAGUGUCUACGUGAUCUAGUUGCAGCAGAUACAGCGCUUACAGCACAUCCGUUUUUUCGUGACGUAUGCUCUUUAUAG